UAAUCCGAAAUCCGCCAUAUUUUGCUGGAGAGUCGCCCAUUAUUCUAGGGCACUGAAUAUUUUUUUCUAAUUUAAUCCAAUUAUGAUUUUUAUGAGUUAACAGUUAUAAUUUUAGUGUCUGUGUGUAGUGAUAUAUUCUGAGAUUAUUAUAACUUUUGUCCGAUAUUAACUAAUGUGGUUUAUUCUCUUUCCUGUUCGUUACCCAAAUCUAAUCUAAACAGAAAAUGGCCGACGGUGUUGGUGCGGGUGUCUCCUUUGUUUAGGGCUGAAUUUUAGUGAAUAUAAGUGUUUAUAGAAAUAAUGCCUAGUGCCUCGUUUUCCUCUUCGCGUUCUUACGUCCGUAGAUCGCGAAGAAAAGGCGGACAUCGGAUACCGCUACCUUCUAGGACACAAUCGAGUGAGCCAUGUGAAUCAGUCCCUUGCCCAAAUAACGUGACAGGCAGCGCAAUGGCGGCCACGGCCGCGUGCGCUGGGCCGAGCAGCAGCGGUGGCGGCGGCGGGUCCCCGCCGGUACCGGCUGCGGCCGCCGCCACCACCGCCGGCCACCACAGUCCGUACGAUCUGCGCCGCAAGUCGCCACCCGCCUACCACGAGCCCGGACCUUCGGGCGCUUGCUCUCUACCCGCUAGAAAGAGGCCUAGGACCUCUCUGGCCCAGGGUGUGGAUGUGUGCAAUGUAUCACAGUAUCUACAAUACGAGCUCCCUGAUGAAGUGUUGCUCUGUAUCCUGUCCCACCUCACGGAGAGGGACUUGUGCCGUGUUGCACAAGUUUGCAAGAGGUUCAACACAAUUGCAAAUGAUACUGAAUUAUGGAAAAGUUUAUAUCAGUCGGUAUUUGAGUAUGACACGCCUCUGAUGCAUCCAGCUCCGUGCCAGUUCGAAUUUGUGCCGGCCGAUGAGUGUGACGCUGAUAAUCCGUGGAAGGAGAGUUUUCGGCAGCUAUAUUAUGGGAUUCAUGUUCGUCCCAACUAUCGACCCAAGAAGGAAUCACGUAUCAAGCAUUUUAACACAAUUCGGGCGGCUCUCGAGUAUGUGGAGGAGCGUGGCGGAGGCGUGAGCGCAGUGGGCGGCGUGAGUGCAACGGGCACAGGCGGCGGAGCGACGAGCGGGGCGUGCGGCGGCGGCUGUGCGGGCGGCGCGGCGGCGUGUUCGUGCAGGCGUGCUCAACCCGCACUCGUUUUCGUGCACGCUGGACACUAUCAGGAGGAGUGCCUCGCCAUAGACACCGACGUGCAGCUCAUUGGUUGUGCCCCAGGCAACGUAGCAGAGUCGGUUGUCCUGGAACGUGAAGCUGAAUCGACGUUAACGUUCGCGGAGGGAGCGAUGCGAGCAUAUGCCGGACACAUGACGCUCAAGUUCUCUCCCGAUGCGUCCAGUACUAUGCAACAUCAUAAGCACUAUUGUUUGGAAGUGUCCGACAAUUGUUCACCUACCGUCGAUCAUUGUAUUAUUAGAAGUGCCAGUGUUGUGGGUGCGGCCGUGUGCGUGAGCGGCGCAGGCGCAACGCCCAUCAUCAAACACUGCGAUAUCAGUGACUGCGAGAACGUGGGGCUGUACGUGACGGACUACGCGCAGGGCGAGUACCUCGAUAACGAGAUCUCGCGGAACGCGCUCGCAGGCAUCUGGGUCAAGAACUAUGCCAGCCCCGUUAUGCGUAGGAACCAUAUACACCACGGCAGGGACGUUGGAAUAUUCACAUUUGAAAAUGGAUUGGGUUACUUUGAAGCAAACGACAUACACAAUAACAGGAUCGCUGGUUUCGAAGUGAAGGCUGGCGCGAACCCCACCGUAGUACAUUGCGAGAUUCACCAUGGACAGACUGGCGGCAUAUAUGUCCAUGAAUCUGGCAUAGGACAGUUUAUAGACAACAAAAUACAUUCAAAUAAUUUUGCGGGUGUCUGGAUCACGUCCAAUAGCAAUCCAACCAUUCGUCGGAAUGAGAUAUACAAUGGACAUCAGGGCGGCGUGUACAUAUUUGGGGAGGGACGUGGGCUCAUAGAGCACAAUAAUAUUUAUGGAAAUGCUUUAGCUGGAAUACAGAUACGUACUAAUAGUGAUCCAAUAGUAAGGCACAAUAAAAUCCACCACGGGCAGCACGGCGGCAUCUACGUCCACGAGAAGGGCCAAGGGCUUAUCGAGGAGAACGAAGUGUACGCUAAUACGCUCGCCGGCGUGUGGAUUACCACUGGUUCCACACCAGUACUGCGGCGGAACAGAAUACACUCAGGCAAACAGGUCGGCGUAUACUUCUAUGAUAAUGGCCAUGGUAAACUAGAAGAUAAUGAUAUAUUCAACCAUUUAUAUUCAGGUGUGCAAAUUAGGACAGGUAGCAACCCUGUAAUUAGAGGUAACAAAAUAUGGGGUGGACAGAAUGGUGGCGUAUUAGUAUACAAUGGAGGCCUAGGUCUACUUGAGCAGAAUGAGAUAUUUGACAAUGCUAUGGCCGGUGUAUGGAUUAAGACUGAUUCCAAUCCCACGCUCAAAAGGAAUAAAAUAUUCGACGGUCGGGAUGGAGGCAUUUGUAUCUUUAAUGGAGGAAAGGGUGUGUUGGAAGAGAAUGACAUAUUUCGUAAUGCACAAGCGGGUGUAUUAAUUUCAACCCAAAGUCAUCCAGUGUUACGUCGGAACCGAAUCUUCGAUGGACUCGCCGCUGGCGUGGAGAUCACAAACAAUGCUACGGCAACUCUAGAGCACAAUCAAAUUUUUAAUAAUAGAUUUGGAGGUUUGUGUUUAGCGUCAGGCGUGUCACCUCUCGUGCGUGGUAAUAAAAUCUUCAGUAACCAAGACGCAGUGGAGAAGGCGGUGGGCGGCGGGCAGUGUUUAUAUAAAAUCUCUUCCUAUACAUCCUUCCCAAUGCACGAUUUCUACAGGUGCCAGACUUGUAACACGACAGACCGUAAUGCUAUUUGUGUAAAUUGCAUCAAGACGUGCCAUUCCGGACACGACGUAGAAUUCAUUCGCCAUGACAGGUUCUUCUGCGACUGCGGCGCGGGGACGCUCACAAACCAGUGCCAGUUGCAAGGCGAGCCAACGCAGGACACGGACACGCUGUACGACUCGGCGGCGCCCAUGGAGUCACACACACUGAUGGUGAACUGAGCGGCCUAGCCGCCGACGCCACGCCAUACCGCCCACCGCCACGCCCCACGCCGCGUCGGGAAUCAGUAUUUGUCGGAAACUCCUAGCUCGAGUCCUUAUUUAUUUUAGCUUUAAAGACUAUACAUACUACCGCGUGCGGAGAAUGGACGUCUGCAGCAAUUGCACUGUAAAAUUAUCCUUAAUUAUUAAAGUGUAUUUCUAUAAGUGUCCGUUGAAAAUGUAUGGAAUUAAGAUAUUGAAAGUAGCUUAGAGCUUGUGUCAAUUCUAUACAUUUGUCUUUUCUAUAGAGUGAUAUCGCUGUUAGAAAUUUACUUUGUCUGGACAGAGCAAGGAUUAUUUUACAUCGUACCUACUGCGUCCGUCCGGUCUCCAUACGUAGUAUGUCUAGUCCUUUACUGCCGGUCGACGGCCGUCCCUCUAUUCGCCAAUUUUUAGAUUGAUAGACAAUAAUUUCUGAUCCUAUCGGCAGCUUUCCUCGAAACUCGAUUUUUAUUACUCUUAAUAUCUAUUCUGUUUUUAAAAUCUGAUUCUAUUAACAUGAAAUGGAAUAAAGCCACCCGGCAAAUAGUAUUUUUGUCUAUCAAUAUAAGAAUGGUAACUUUACCUCUAGUUCACUUAUUUUUAUUAUCUAAAACUCCGUAUUGUUUAGCACUCGUCCUGAAGUCGCUGAAUUACGAAGCCAUUACUCUUGGACGACCAAGAUCGUGUCGUUUCACAUUUUUCAUCUUUGUACUUUAUAUAGCUGAAGGAAAACUCUAUUUCAGACAAUGUACACUGUUUGUAUAUGUAGAGAUUUUUUUAAUCAUCGGUACUUAAUAAUUACGUAUUUCGUCAAGUAGUAUCAUGCAUUCCCAAAUUGUAAUCGUACUAUAAUAUCGAGAGAUCACAUUGAUAUUUAGAAUAAUGUUAUUCAUUUUGUAAGAUGUAGAAGCGUAUAAUUAUAAUAUCCGCUAUAGUUUCAUAAUCAUGGGGAAGAAUAUAAUUAUGUUUACUUUAAAUGAACUAUGCAUUAUUUAGUUCAUAACUAGUUCCCGAUCCAGCGACUGUCACAGUCAGGAUGGCUAUUUGUAAUAUAAUUGCUUAUAAUUUUUCUUUUUAACUUUUUGACGACAAGAUUACAUUUUUAUUUUGGGGCAUUUAUUCCUUAGCUCUCCUGACAAUAUAGUUGAUUGUUCAGAUGUUUUAGUUAAUAAAGAUAAUUGUGCAAGUUAGUUUGUAUUGUUAUGGGGUAGAGUGGCGCGCACAGAGCGCGAGUCGUUGCUGGUCUGUGAAGUUAGUGGACGCUAGGCGCGGCGCACUAAUUAAUCUCUAUUAGGAGUCUGCCUCGCCUAACUAUUUUGGCGCUCCUAAUGCGCUUUGUAAAUAUUUAUGUCACACAAUAAUCGAAAAUGUAGUAAUUAAUGUAUUUGUAUCAUUAUAUUUUUAUUAUUGAUCACAACAUGUAUGUUUAAUUAUGGAAUACGUAUGUUACGCUCAUAAGGGUUGAAUGCUGCGCGCGACCGGGCGCAGCGUCGAGUGAGCGCUGCAAUUGCAGCCUAUAGAUAGUCCUGAAAUAUCAACAGCCGCGUAGCCGCAAGAGUGGCUCGUUAGUGUAUAUUAAGAUGAAAAUUAAGAACGAAUGUGCGUAUUUAACUGGAAAAGAUCUUAGGUACAAUUGAUAUUUUAUUAUAUUGUUAAUUUAAAUUUGGUAUUGAUAUCGAUCGAAAAGCAAUGUUAGGAAACUGGGAUAUGCCGCAAGUGCGUGGCCAGAGUGCUGAUAGUGAUAAGUUUAGCCAAUAAGCUAUGAUGAAAAUCUAAAUUACUCAGUAAUCACUAUUAAAAGUUUCGAAUUGUUAAAUCGUCUCUCCAUAGCACGGUAUGUUCUGAAUCUGCUUUUUUAUAAUCCGUCUGUGAUCAUCAACUAAAUGUAUAAGUGAAAUUAUUUUAAUUAUACCCCACGAACAGAAUUAUUGAGAGUUUUAUGACUUUAUCAACUAAAUUAUCGUGGAUUCGUUGCUUUAUAUAUUUGAAUGUGAAAUUGUUAUUUAUUAUUGAAUUAUCAGUAUGAUCUUAAUUUAUUAAAUUCAAAUCUGGAUUUUUUGUUUAUACAAGAAAAUACCAUUGUAAAAGCCGUGAUAUACAUCAUAUAAUAUUAUAAA